UGUUGCUCGUUGUGUUCAGUGCGGGGGGACGGUUGUGUACUCUUGGGACGAAGCAGUCGACAUCAGCGUAAAUACUCAUAUUAUUACACUCAGCUGCACACGGGGGAGAUGAACGGUAAGUCAGCGAACGGCACGGCGGGAGGAAUGGCCUGUAUCGAGGGUCUACCCCCGCUGCCGAAGAGCCUGAGCGGCUUGCUGAACUCCAGCGGCGGCUCCUGGAGAGAAAUGGAGAGGAUGUAUGUAAAGAAAACCAUGAUCCAGGACGACCUGAGCAGAGGCAGGAACAACGCCGACAACCUCCUGGCAAACAAGCCGGCCAACCUCGACGCUGCUUUGGCUCUUCUACGGAAAGAGAUGGUGGGUUUGCGUCAGCAGGACAUGUCCCUGCUGUGCCAGCUUUGGUCGCUCCACGAGUCCAUCCAGGAGUACAAGGGCAGCUGCCAGGACCUGAGCGCAGCCUCCAGCCUCAGCAUGAUGGAGAACGGCUACUUUGACGAGGAUGACGAGUUUUACCCCGAGCCGGGCGCCACUCCCACCGGGGAACAGCCAGACGGGGAAGUUGGAGACGGGACGGCAGCAAUGGCAGGAGCCAAGAACGGGAGCGGCAAGGACGACAGCUGGGACUCCUUUCACGUCACCAUCUGAGGCCUCGUUCCCAACAUUUCCUCUGUACACAGAUGCAUAUUAUGAGGGUAAAAGACCGAGUUAAGCUGGAGGAAGAAAUGACUGGCUCCGUAUACUUUUUGGACCCUGAGAAGGGAGUGGUUGGUUAGAGAUAGCAGCUUAUGGUGUCUCGUUACUGUAAUCGACUAUACAUUUAAAUCUCCAGCUUAACUCCAACUCCUCCUCAGGUGAAACAUAUACCUGCUUGUGCUGCAGAAUGUUUUUUUUUCUUUUUUGCAGCGUAAUCAGGAGCUUCAUUAGACUGCGGGGGCGUUUUUUUGACAAAUGGCGUCCUUAACACCCUGUGAAACACUCAGGAGUUGAGAUGGAUUGUACUCAAAGACUCCAAGACUCUGUAUACUCAAAAUUUGGCAAUAUAUUAGUUCUUUUUAUUACCAGCUCUGCUGCUGCUUCUAUAUCCAGUGGUUUUGCUAGCCAGUCACCCCUUUUUGGCAGAACUUUUCUACAUAUUGAUGAACAAAGUUUUAUUAUUUAUUAUAUAAUAUAAAAAACAUGAUCUUUGCUUUCCUUUUUCUCUAUGGAAGUUUUGUACUGCAACUCUACCCAGGUACAAGGGUACAGCAUUUACGGGUUAGAAGUCCAAGGAAUUUGAAAGAAGGCGGGAUUUCUGAACUCUGCAGGACGAUCGACUUUUGUGGACGUGUUGACGGAGAUGAUGUGAGCAUUUCUUCUAAGCAUAAAUUGUGACUGUUUAGAGAGAAGUAGAAGAGAUAACCUCAAGAAAGGAGAAGUCGGUGAAGUGCUCACACCUGAAUCCAGUGUAAAAAUGUUUGAACGCAGAGAUCGACCACUUUUCCGCCUUUUUUCAAGAGAGCAGACAUUUGCUCUGAAAAUGUGAAAUGUUCAAAAAUGCUGGAGACAGUUUUCAGCUGUCUGCAUAGAAUUGAAACCUGGAAGUCCAGUGUACUCGGCUGCAGAUAGUCUACUUUAAUUAAGCUGACUGCGAUGGCGCAUCCCAGGCAACUUGGAUGUGUCACUGUUUCCUGACUUGUUGGUGUAAAAGGCCCUGAUAGCAUCCAUGUAAUGGUUUGAAACUAUAUAGUUUGUUUCAUGUUUUAGUAUUGCCUUUUAAUUACGAUGCAUCUACAGAGAAGUUCAAGGAUAAUUCUUCUUAAUUACAACUUGGAUCUUAUUAGAAUUGCUUUGGCCAUCACAUAUUGAUAAUAACAUAUACGUGCUUUUUGAAAUCUGGAAAUAUCGAUCUCAGCAAUAUUACCAUAUUAUAUUACCAUAUCCAAUAGAAAUGACAGCAGUUCCAAUAAGUGAGAAAUAUCCUUUGACGUAGUCGGGUAACAAGUGCUAACCAGCCAGCAUAAAUAGAAAACAGGAAAAAAACCUGGGUGAAAUGAGCUUUAUAAAGAGCUUAUUAUUCAGCCCAUUGCUGCAGCCAGCCAUUCACCAUAUUACCAGCUUUUAGACUUUUUAUUCUUAUAAGUGUUGCAAACAGUUGAGCAACAGUGAUCAGCUGUGAUCAACUCACACAAUUUGCACUUGCUAGUUUGAAUGUUCGUUUAAUUAUAAAGGUCACAUUGAGAGAAAAACAACAACAAUAAAACUGCAUACAUUUGAUCAGCUGAUGACGGUCAUUGAGUUUAAAAGGUUCAGUUCUAAAGAGGUCUAACUAAUUAGUUGAGUUCAUCUAAGCAGCGUGGCCUUCAGAUGUUGCUCAUUGUGAGAACACGCAGCUGUAGCUCUAAACCUGGUAGCAAUGAUGAAUUACACACAGGGUACUUUCUACUUUUUAUUUUUACAUGAAUCGAUCUCUUCCUAGCAACACAUACUCUGCUGCAUGAGGCGUUUAAACAGGCUAAAGGCCAGUCUGAACAUUAUGUAACACUGGUCAGGGGGAUGUAGUAUGUAUUAUGUCAGUGUUUCAAUAUACCUGCAUACCUUGCAAAAACACAUGGUUUUCAAAGUCUGAGACUGUGGGCCUCCCCUCAGACAAAGCUUUGAAAAAGGUGCCCCUUUCCUGGAUGCCUCUAGGAUCUUGAUUGUUAUUUGAGCCCAUAGACGCUCAACAAUUGAGCCAAGAUAGCCUCAUUUUGUUGUUUGAAAUAACUUCAGACUUCACCAAAUACAUAAAAAGGUCUGUCUGAAGCAUUUAUUAGUUUCUGACUCUAAAAUUCCCCCAAACUAUUGUAUCUCUGAAGUAUUUCAUUAAUCAAAUCACACACAUUUAGGGUAUUCUGUUUGAUCUCUUUUCGAUGACGAAUAUAUUUUUUCACUUCCAUUCACUGAGCCUCCCCUCAAAGUGUUUGGAGUCCCCCUUCGACCCCCAGGGAGGCCUGCCUCCCACUUUGAAAACCUCUGUUCUUCCAGGGGCUGUAGUUACGAGCUGUAGUAGGUGACCAGUUUUUAUUACUCGUCAAUACUCGUCACUAACAAGAUUGUAGCGUUUUUUAAUUCAGGAGAACUUGCCUUCAUUAUACGCCUGUGAACAAAAUCUGGAAAAAAACUUUCUCCUGUACGCCAGUGAAUAUCUGCUCAAUGUUUGAAGGGUGUUUUUUGGUUGAAACAUUCGACAAAAACUCUUCUUAAAGGCAGCCUUACUUCCAGCUCUAGGUUGUCUCCGUUGUCCUGCAACAGGCAAAGACGUUUGGAUGUGCAAUACUCUUAACUUAUACUACAUAUGCUUGGUCUUCUUUAAUAUCUAAACUUCAAAAACAACUUCAAAGGUCUCUGCUGAACUUGUAGCAUGUAAAUCCAUUACUCUAAACUACAGAUAACAUUCUGCCAACACCUGCCGUCACUUUGAGAAGGUGUAGACACUUCAAUUUCUUUCAGUAGCGUGUUGAUUAUUGUCUGUAUACACCGCGUGACGCCAUCUGUUUGUAGACUGCUCGGUGAAUUGCGUGCUUGUGAAACACGAACCAAAGAAAGAACAGCACUCAACGAACGAAAUGUGUUUGGUUUCAGGCGCCGAUCUAAACGGCGUCCUAACCAAUGUCUCUAGAAUGAUUACGUUUUUCGUAAAAGGUACAGCACCCGAUGAUAUCUGAUGUCUUGAAGAAUGUCUUUACAAGUCAAUGUGCAACUGAUCAACAGAGUUGGACAGUGACUGUAAGCAUAUUUGUUCUGUCCUUUGAGGACUGACGGUUCAUCGUUGCAUUGAUAACUACGCCUUUAGCACACUCAAAGAAACCAAUGUUUUACAAUGGAAAAAACAGUGUUUGAUUUCUUAUAGCGUUUUUUGUGAAAGUGAUGUCAAUGACUGACAAGUGAAAGUCUGUUUAUUAUAAAACACAUCUGCAAAAUGUUCUGAAGUCACAAGUAUAGGAACAGUAGCUAUACAAAACCAGUAAUUACAUGAGGUUGUACAGCAGUGUAACAUUAAAGGAAUAGUUUGACAUUUUGUUCGUUCUUGUUCAGCUGGUUAGCUUAACUCGAUUAGCAUAAAUACUUUUCGGGUGUUUAUGCAGGACAAGACGAAAUCGACAACACACGAAAGAAGUAGAGCUUUUUCCCCGAAAAUGUCAAAUUAUUCCUUUUUAAUCAUUUCUUUCCAAAAUGUGAGGUAAAAUGAAUACCUCAAGUGUUCUUGCUUCCCUUUCCCCUCAGUUCAAGUUCUGAUCAGUUGCAAGAGGUAUUUUACCUUUCACACCUCUCUCAAAAACAUAACACACCACUACAUUCUGUAAUCUCUGCAUAUCUGUAAUGUAUUUUUUAGCCUCUAAAUAGAACCAGAAAAUGACUUGGAGGCAUUGUAAAAAUAUGAUGGUAUUCGCUCCAUCGUCAAAUAUGUUGAAUGUUUGUUAUUUACACAUUGUUUUGAUGAGCCACAACUGAUUUGUCUGUACAGUAAACCUGAAUCUGAAUAUUUGUAUUUCCGUUAUAUGGCUGCAUCCAAUCAACCUGUCCCAAGCUUAAAGCACGUUCAAUUGAACCGUUUGCUAAUCGAUGCCGAUAAAAACACACCAGUAAAAACUUUUCAUUGGAUGUCUUCACAGUUAGUGCCUUUUGUAAAAACUGUCAGCUCGCAGAUCUAUGGCGUGCUGUUCAAAGAUGGGAGAAUUUGUUCAUAACCGUCGAUCAUUUGACUUGCUUGACAUCGCACUAGGUUUUUAAAGCUGCUACAAGUAGACUUUGAAAGCUGACGACUUUAGCAACCUCCUAAAUCCUUUAGUGGUUCAAUCAAUGCCCCAUGUAGCAACUACAAAACCAGAAGUGUCCCAGAAAGAUUGGUUCCAGAUUUGGAUAAAUCUAAAACGAUUUCUCCUCAUGGUUUUAUACUCAUUCAAAGACUCUUCAUUCUCUUGGUUUGAUGUCCUCCAGGAACAGCAUGCAUCAAACAUUAUCUAUAAAGACUCAUUUGAGACCAGCAUCGUCAGGUACAUCUACAAGUAGCAGCUUUGAAUUCCAAAACUUGUACCAGCCUUAACAUCAGUCAUAUCGUUUGCAAAAUAAGCAACAUGGUGCAUUCCUCACUUGUACAAACAUUCCAAGUGUUCCAGUGAUACGUUUGCACUUGUUUGAGGCUGUUCUGUGUGGAAACCUCCCCAAAACUAGCAACUACCUGCUCCUCUUUGAGUUGGUACAAUAGUGAUACUACUGUAACUGUAAGUCCAGCACAGUUAGAAGAUGGUGGAGCUUAAAAUCAAAACACCAGCAAAUUGUUCCCGAAAAAUCCUACAUUUCUUACUUAUACAAUCUAAAAAGAUUCCCCUUUUUUCAUGUGGUUAGUGGAAAUGUAAUGUGAUGAUAUCACCUCAGAGGAUACUUGGAAAAAGUUCCGUCUUGUGUUGUUCCCUCCUGGUCAGAAAAUAUCGAGAUAAAUACACAUAUGAGGGGAAAGAAAUAUGCUAAAACGUUUGAACAUAGUUAUACUUGUAAUGUGUAGUUUGGUGGGUUUUUUGUUCAUCCAUCACAUGAUAUUAUGCCUACAUACUUCCAGCGACAACAAUGGAUUUCAUGUAAAUCAGAAAUGUCAUGUUUUGGUGCACGUCUCUCCAAUUAAAGGGCUUUUCUUUCUGGACCCGCCACUUUGCACCACUGUUGAACAAUCACAUAGAGAAAUCUGUCAUUCAGAACAGCAGAGAGACCAAUUUUUCAGUUCAAGUGGCCUCAAUAGACCGGCUUGCAUUGCAACCACAAAAAUUUGAUGUGUUUUGACUUAAGUGAAGGGUAUCUCUGCUAUCACGGUCACGCCUCAGCAUUUGCACCCAUGCUUAAGUGGUUGUUAAAAAGCAUUCUGGCAUACGUGGGACAUAUUUGGAAGAGGGUGCACCAAAAAGGCAAAUGAUAACACUUGAUGAUAUUUAAUGAUGCGGUUCAGAGGAAAAACUUUCCAUAUAACAUGCUGUGAAAUGAACCCACAUUUCUGCUACCUAAAACUAUCUUUGCUCCCGAAAAACUGAAAAAAUGUAUAAACACAUAAAAUGUCAUUCUAAGACAAGGAUGUUGACCUGUGUUCAUACUUGGGUUUUGUCAGUUGAAUUUUAGCACAUUAAUCUGUCAUGAAAACAGCCAGUUAUUAGUGUUGACAUAUUGAAUAUAUGUUCAGAUUAUAAUCCACCUUUUCUCGUUACUGGCUUUAGCCGUUUAAUUGGUUUGAUAUCGAAAAAGUGAAAUGUCUUAACUUCAUAUUUAUUCUGUAUAUCAUUGAUCAUAAUCAUUCAUUAAAUCACAAUUAUAGUGGACAGAAGGUUUUAAUGUGUUUUGUGUUGCAUAGACAAAAUGAGAGUUUUCACAGAGAAGAUGUGAAGGCUGUCGUUACCGUCCACCAUUCCUCCUGUUAUUUAAUCCGUGAAUGACCAUACUACUGUUUGUUUGGACAAUAGUCUCCAUGAUCUCUUAUCAUAGUUACUAUACUGAUAUGAAUUUAAUAAAGUGAUUCCAUACAUUUCAGGUUUGGACUGAACUUUUUUCAUUCUUCUAUAUGAAGCACAGUUUGGAGAAUUGACCUUUGACGAAUCACCUCAUACAAACCAUAACUUAGGCUGGUGGGAAUGUUGUUUAUUAGUUUUGUAUUGGAUUUGGACACAUUUAGGUUUUGAGCUUAUG